GUUAUUCACAAGCAAUAUGAUCUAUUUAAACAUUUUUAAAGGUGUUGUCGCUGAACACGGAGUCAAAGCGGAGCGGCCGUGCGCUGUGUGUGGUUUUUUUUAGCGUGAGGAAACGCUCGGACUGCAGAGGAGGCUUCGGGACUGUUUCCGCACGCUUGAGGGAGAGCAAGGCCCAGUGACCCACAUUCAGAGCUGCCACUGUCGAUGUGUACGAGUGUGGGCGAGCGUGUGCGCGCAACACAGUUACUGUGUAUGUAUGUGUGCGUGCAUGCAUGUGUGAAUGUGUGUGUGUGUAUGUAUGUACAUCUGCCGCGAAAAUGUUUUCUACAUUAUACGGGCUUUUAGACGUCUCUUCCCACGGAUUUUGAUGCUUUUUGGCGGAUUUUGCCUGAACCCAGCCCCAUUCGGUGCUCGUGGUGGUGUUCACCGAGCCACGGUGAGGUGUGUCUCGCACAAGAAUAUUUGUGAUUGUCUGGAAGGAUAUGAUCAAAAGUAGUCUGUGGGCUCCAGGAAGACAUUCAUAAAAAGUGCGGUUAAGCAUCAUGUCUCCUCUGUGGUCCGAUGCGCCCUCUUGACCCUGAUGACCACUACACCACGAUUGACCCCAGAGUCCCCAUUGACCUCAGACCUUUUUUACAAGCCUUGAGAAAAGAGUCAGUAAACCUUGGACACAAGCUGCAGCAGGUGGUCUUCCAAAUGCCUACCUCACGCCUAAAGAGCAUUUCACUCCAGCCACAGCCCUGAUCAGCAGCCACCAUGACAUCAAGCAUAGGGGAUGAUUCUAGUAUUUUUGAUGGGUUGAUGGAAGAAGAUGAAAAGGACAAAGCAAAACGAGUGUCUCGGAACAAGUCGGAGAAGAAACGGAGAGACCAGUUCAAUGUCCUCAUCAAAGAACUUGGCACAAUGUUGCCAGGCAACACCAGGAAGAUGGACAAGUCCACCAUCCUGCAGAAAAGCAUCGAUUUUCUGUGUAAACAUAAGGAGAUCGCAGCCCAGUCGGAGUCCAGUGAGAUCAGGCAGGACUGGAAGCCUCCAUUUCUUAGCAAUGAAGAGUUCACACAGCUCAUGUUGGAGGCUCUGGAUGGGUUCUUUAUAGCAAUAAUGACUGAUGGAAACAUCCUCUAUAUCUCCGAGAGUGUUACCUCACUACUAGAACACCUACCAGCUGACUUGGUGGAUCAGAACCUGCUGAAUUUCCUGCCUCUUGGUGAACACUCUGACGUGUACAAGGCUCUGUCCACACAUCCCUCUGACACAGAGAACCUGAACUCCGAUUACCUAAAAAAUAAAAAUCACAUGGAGUUCUGCUGCCAUAUGUUACGUGGGGCUAUUGAUCCUAAAGAUCCUCCCGUUUACGAAUAUGUGAAGUUCAUCGGCAACUUCAAGUCACUCAACAAUGUUCCUAAUGCGACAAGGAAUGGACUGGCAGGAGUGUUGCAGCGGUCACUACAGCCCGCCUUCGAUGACCAAGUGUGCUUUGUAGCCACAGUCCGACUGGCUAAACCUCAGUUCAUCAAGGAGAUGUGUACAGUGGAGGAGCCCAAUGAGGAGUUUACCUCCAGGCACAGUUUAGAAUGGAAGUUCCUCUUUUUAGACCACAGAGCUCCUCCAAUCAUAGGCUACCUGCCUUUUGAGGUUUUGGGAACAUCAGGGUAUGACUAUUAUCACGUGGAUGACCUGGAGACACUAGCAAAGUGUCAUGAACACUUAAUGCAGUAUGGUAAAGGGAAGUCCUGCUACUACCGUUUCCUGACUAAAGGUCAACAGUGGAUCUGGCUGCAGACUCAUUACUACAUAACCUAUCACCAGUGGAACUCUAGACCUGAGUUUAUUGUCUGCACACACACAGUUGUCAGCUAUGCAGAGGUUAGAGCAGAGCAGCGUAGAGAGCUGGGCAUUGAGGAGUCAAAUCCCGAGGUCACUGUGGAUAAGAGUCAAGACUCUGGCUCUGAGUCACAGCUGAAUACAUCCAGCCUCAAGGAGGCGCUAGAACGGUUUGACCACAGUCGAACACCCUCAACGUCCUCACGAAGUUCCCGGAAGUCCUCUUCCCAUGUCUCUGACAACACUUGCACCUCAACAGCCUCAAAGCUACACAUGGACACUGCCACACCUCCUCGACAGUCUCUAGCUUCCACCAUGGAGAUGACACCACAGCGUCGCUCAUCUAUCAGCAGCCAGUCAAUGAGCUCUCAGACCACAGGUCAGAGUGUGACUCCAGCCAUGAUGUCACAACACAUGAUGUCACAACACCAACACCACCACCAACACCAGCAGCAACAACAACCACAACAACUACAGCCAAGCGUCCAGCCGGUGAUGGAGUUCUCUGCACAGGUGAAUGCAAUGCAGCACCUUAAGGAACAGCUGGAGCAAAGGACCAGAAUGAUCCAGGCCAACAUCCAAAGGCAGCAGGAGGAACUGAGGCACAUUCAGGAGCAGCUGCAGAGAGUGCAGGGACAGGGCAUACAGAUGUUGCUGCAGCAGCAGGGUGGAGCCAUGAAUGUGCAGCUCCCUCAGGUGGCCACAGUCCAGCAGCCCUCCUCUAUGACCAAUCAGGUUCAACAAACCACAAUGAACGCCAUCCAUCCAGGAAAUCAGCAGCUCACUAUUCAGCAGCAGGCACCCACGCCUCAGCAGCAGCAGCCCAACACUCUCACACAGGCCCAGCGUCAGCCCCAGCAAACUGCCCAGAAUCAGCCUCAGACCCAGGGCUCUGUAUCUGCUCCACUCUACAACACAAUGAUGAUUUCACAGCCAGGUCAACCCAAUGUGCUGCAAAUUAGCACCAGCCUCCCACAGAACAACACACAGCAGGGCACCACUGUGGCAACAUUCACACAGGAUCGACAGAUCCGGUUCCCGGCAGCGCAACAGCUGGUGACCAAACUGGUGACAGCUCCGAUGGCGUGUGGUGCUGUCAUGGUGCCUACCUCCAUGUUUAUGGGCCAAGUAGUCACUGCAUACAACCCUUUUGGUGGUCAACAGCAGGGGGGGCAGACCCAGACCCUGACUCUGCAGCCAGCCCAGCCCGCUCAAGGUCAACCUGACGGUCAAAACCAGUCAACUGUCGUGGCUCCGACUGGCCAGCAGGGGCAGCAACAACAGCAGCAGUUUUUACAGGGCACUCGUCUCCUCCACAGUAACCAGUCCACCCAGCUGAUUCUGCAGGCAGCUUUUCCUCUCCAACAGCAGGGCACAUUUACCCAGGCAACGCAACAGCAACAGCAGCAGCAGCAGCAACAACAACAACAACAACAACAACAGCAGCAGCAGCAAAGGCAACAGCAGCAACAGUCUCACCACCAGAGGCACCAGCAGCAGCUGAAACCACAGCCGCAGAAACAACAGAAAGCUCCGUCAUCGCACAGGACUGACAGUAUCAGCAGCCAACCGCAGUGAAGUCUGCUGGAAAAGUUCACUCAUUCAAACUGUUAAAGGAGUCAUACACCUGUUUGCUCUGGUCACAUGGCUGCCACGAACCGAGCACCAGAGCUCUUCCACCCUGUCUCCAGUGGAACGAAAUAAACCAUAGGAAAAAGAAAGGAAGAAGUCCACUCGGAACUUACGGGGGAUUGUCACCAUGGCAACACUGCAGCUUGGAAUCACAUUUUCCUUCCUCCAGCCUCAGUAGAAACCACAAAAAAAGAAUCUAGAGAACACCUUUUUGCCACGGUAACGAAAGACUCCUCAAAGGUGGACCAGGGUGGACCCAUCUUGUACAGAAGAAACUGUAUGAUGUAAAGACAACGUGUAAAUAUCCAGUAUAGCUUAACAAGAAACAGAAAUGUAGUAUUUUAUAUGACUGCAUGGAACAAUUUACUGUGUAAGCUUUUAAUAGUGGCUUUUAAAAAAUAUGACAUUUAUACUUUCUUCAGCUGUCGUCUGGUCAAAAAAGGAGCAAAGACUCCGCCCACCCCCCAACCUCCCACUUAACCUCGAAGAAACACAACAAAAGUCCAGGAUAAGGCUUUAAAACUCGGUCAGUUUGUUGAAGAAGAAAAAAAAAGGUUGGGCUUGGGUCUAGUUUGUGUGGAAGUUGCAUUCAAGUCUUUAAGACAACAGUGGCUCUUUUUACCUUUGCGGUUCUACAGAUGGCAAGGAAGGUGAUUAAGGUUAAUAAUUUUGAUAAUUUGUGUCAGGGUUUUAGUGAUUCCAAGUGCCAAUGACAAAGUCCAUUAUGGUUGUUUUGUUUUGUUUUUCAAGCAGACUAUUCUAAGGCGUAUAUAUUUUUCAACAAAAUAUUACCCCGAUAAAAAGUGUGGGUGUGUGUAAAUAACAAGGGAUUAUUUUUUAACAGAGAGCCCUAUACAUUACAAAACAGUAUAUCCUCAACCUGAAACUUUAGCACUUGAUGUGGUUGUGUACAGAAAAUCACUAUUGAGACCUAGCUGUUAUAAAUCUGUGGUGUGAGUCUGUGAGCUAAAGUGAGUGUGUGUGUGUGUGUGUGUGUGUGGGUGGGUGUGCUUUUAGGGAACACAAUCUUGUGUAUAUGUGUGUGUGUUGUUGGCAUGAGCGUAUCUGUGGUUGUGUGUGUUUGUCGCCCCCUGUGUCUUACAAAAUUGACUCUUAGUAAGGGUUGGAAGUUGCUGGAUGGUACUAGUAUUCUCAGGAAUGUGGACAGUUUUGCUUCCGCCUCAGUCUGGAACCAAACCAGGGAGGAAGAGUGUUGCUGCGAAGGUCAGAGGAAGACUUUCUAGAUGACAGAAAAGGUUUGACGUCUUCCCAGUCAAACCUGAACCACAGCUGCUCGUCUUUUGUUUUCUUUCUGAAGUAAAAGUGGUUGUUGGCACGCUUCACAAGGAAGAGUGUAGAGAGGUCCGAUCAUAUAUGGGAUUCAACCCUGGUCAGCUUUUCAGUUGGAAAUCAAGUGACUUCAUUGCACCAGCAAACCUCAUUGUUCUGUAAACUCAGCGUUCUUUCACUUCCCUCAGUUCUCAAACAGCAGUCAAAACCAGGACUGGGACCAGGGUUCAUUUGAGAAAAGAAAAUGGACUUGGUCUCCAGUCCUGUACUACACUUGUAAGCCAUAUCAAACAGAAAAGCUUUGGUUUGGAGGGAGUGAAGUGGUUGGCAGCGGAGCAUUUAGAAUGUUUUAUAUGGUCUCCUGUCGUGAGUGUGAGUGUGAGUGUGUGUGUGUGUCCGUCCGUCCGUCCUCUUCUUGAUUCUUCUCGUAUCACUUUGGGGUCAGUAUUCUUUCCCCUGGAGAUAGCCAAUCAGUUCUUGCAUUGCAGUAUAAAGUAGUAAUUGAAAUAUUCAUGAAACCUCUUCUGUGGCUGGGCACAGUAUUCUGGUGGCCCAGGUGUGUGUGUGUGUGUGACAGCUGAGUACAUGAGAGUACGUGUGAGAGAGAGACGUGUGUGUGUGUGUGUAUAUAUGUUUGUGUGCAUGUAAUUGUCACUGUAACCUGUUAUAUUUUCAUACAGAAGUGUGUGUGUGUUUGUGUAAAGAAUGGAUGUCAGGCAAUGCAGAGCAUUGGUCGCCUGUCGGACUAAGAAGGGCGCUGUUGAUGUUGUCGUUCAAUGACAAACUGCUCAGAGAAACAUUUUCUCAUUAUCUUCUCAUCAGACCAGUCUGCAAUAGUGAACCUCAGAAUCGCAACUGUUAUAGAAGAAAGUAGCUGUGGGUGUGAGAGGCCUCUGUGUGGGGUGUUUCUACAGAGGCAAAAAAAAAAAAGAUAGUGAAGAGACUUCACGCUGAGGGUCCUACUGCUCAAAGCAGGUCUUCCACCCGUCACAUAGCAAAUACAGAUUCUCUAGAGAAUAGUUUAUGUCUGAAGCAUCUCUCAAAGGGGUGUGAUGGUUAAAUCUUUAUAGUUUGUGUCACUGAUACCCAGCCCAAAGAAUGUAAAGGCGUUUGGAGGAGACUUGUGGAUGUUGUAACUGUUGAUUAUGGAGAACCUUUGUGAUGAAGGAAAACGAGGGGUCUAUGAUGGAAAGAAAACGAAAAAAAGAAUCCAUGCAUAGAUUCAAAUGUACAAUCUUUUUCAUGUGAUUUGCAUCGUUU